AUGUUGAUACAACUUUUAUCGCUACUAGCUCUUACACCUACCAUUCUAUGUCAAAACUACUUUGAUGUGUCUGACGGAGACAGCUACAUUCUCAGCACAAUACAAGAUGAAGAUAAAGAGUUGAAAAUUGACAACAUCUUACGCAACCCAUUGAACUACAAAGAUUUCCCUCCCUUGGUAAGUUCGCCCAAAAAGACAGAACGAACAUUGGAACAGGGACACAUCCCACAAUACGUAAUAGACUAUGCCCCCUUGGUGCAUUUAUACAGUGAGGAAAGAUAUCUCCCGUACGACAUUGGUGAAUAUGUCACCAAUUUCCAUGUAACAUUUGAAAAUGGGUCCGUGUACCCUGGCACUGAAGCCGAUAUGAAUUUGGACAAGUUGUCCAAGCUUAAACAUUCUUGCGAUUUGUUUUUGACUUCAAAUUCUGAUUUCGAUAAGGAUCCUGAUUGGAUCACUGGGGUCAAAAAUAAACCCAGUUUAAUCAAUGGAGAGAUCAAAAAUGCCCCAGCAACCUUAAUUGUUGUUGACAAAGGCUUUGGAUGGGUUGAUGCAUACUGGUUUUAUUUUUAUUCAUUCAAUUUGGGUCCAUUUGUUAUGGGCCAAGGUCCUUAUGGUAACCACGUGGGAGAUUGGGAACACUCAUUAGUGAGGUUUUAUAAAGGGGAACCAGUCAUUGUUUGGAUGUCAGCCCACGGUGGUGGUGGUGCAUUUUAUUAUCACAAUUUGGAAAAAUAUGCGUUAGACCCAAGACAUCCAGUCAUUUUCAGUGCCAGAGGAACGCAUGCCAACUACCCUAGCGUGGGACAACAUCCUCAUGAUUUGCCCUAUGAUAUACUAAGUGACUUUACGGACCGCGGCCCAUUGUGGAACCCAUCGAGAAACUACCUUGGAUACACCUAUGAUGGUAAAAAUGUCUAUCCAGCUACCAACAACUCCAACCCCAAGCAUAUUGGUCGGGAAUGGAAUUAUGGUAAUUGGCUAUCUUUCAAAGGACACUGGGGAGACCAACAACUUCCUGAUAAUGACAAGAGACAAACGUAUUCUUUUAUUGGAGGAUACAAGUACAUCAAUGGACCUACGGGCCCACUUAUGAAGAACCUACUCAGAGUUGUGCCUUGCGAACGGGCAAAAUGGUGGAAUUUUUGGAGUGGGUGCAACGUUCGUCAAAAUAUUAAAUGGGGCGUUGGUAUAGAAAGUGAAGGAUAUAAUUGUGGCAACUUGUUCGUCAAGGUCCGUCCUAGGUGGUUAAAGACAAUUUUACAAAAAGUUACAUGGGGUGGUGGGUUUUGUUAUAUUGUGGAUUUGUUAUAUGGUUGA